AAUAUUGAUCAUUAAUUAAAUUUCCUUUGUUUUAUUUUACAAAUAUUAGUUAGAAUAAAUAGUAUUGCGGAUAAUUCAAUACAAAGCAAGAUAUUUAUUUUAAAAAUUAUUUUAAUGAGCUAGGAGAAUAUUUUAGAAAACGUUAGGCUCCUAACAGAAAUUCCAAAGAAGAAGUUGCCUCCUCUCAGAAGCAACUCUACAAAGCCAUUCUAAAAGGGUUUAGGGAAUAGCACAACAAGUAGCAAUUAAAAUUAGAAAUAAGUAGAUUUAGACAAUAAAAGAGAUUCAUCUUUUAAUAGAGAUAAUUCUUAAAUUUUUAGCAACAAUCUUGUAUAAAAUACUGAACCUAAUUAGGAUUUGAGUAUAUUGCUUGAAUAAUAUAGACAAUAGAAUAAGCAUAAUGAUCAGGAGUUGCAGUCAAUCGCAAACAGAAUAUAGUUUAUAUAAAAUUAAUAAAUGAAUGUUUGGAAAAAGACAAAUGAUUUGUAUGAUAAAGCUAUAAGUUUAUAUGAAAAUAAGAAAAGAUAUUAAAUUGAAUGCAAAAUGAAAGAAAUAAUCAGAUAGAAAAAGUAAAAGGAAAUUGAAGAGCUUUUAAGCAAAAAUGAAGUGUCGAAAGACUUAAACAGAUAAAAAUUAACGCAGAAUCAGGAACAACUUAUUUAGGGGAGAAAAAAGAAUGCCUAAGAAAUUAAAUAUCAAUCAAGAGAACUUGGUUAAAUGAGAGAUUACUUUUAAAGCACUAUUCAUUAGUUUAAGAGAUCCAAACAUGAUAAAGUCAAGAUAAGUUAGCAGCAGGCAUAAAUGAAAUUACAGUCUUAUCAUGAGGAAAAAUACAAAUAAUUUAAAGAGAACUACAACAAUAAAAUUUUGCAAGAACAACUGAUAAAAGAGUAGAAAGAGAAGUAGAUUAAAAACUUAGAAGAAAUAGAAAAGUAGCUUUUAGACUAAUACAAGAGAACUAAAGUAUAAUGUGAUAAACUGCAUCAUUAAAUAGAUGAAGCAUAAGAAUUAAAACCUGAAGAAAUAGAAUCAAAAUAUCCAAUAUUUGUUAGCUUAGCAUAAAAAAACAUUUAUGAUUCUAAUUAGUUUGAGUUAUAAAUUGCUUAGAGCAAUAAUGUUUAAUUAUUGAAUACUAGCAUAGGAAAUUUUUCUGGGCUGCAAAGCUCGCAGAAUUCUAUCUCUCCUAUCAAGAAAAAUAUGUAAGCAAGCAGGUACAGACAAUACUCUUAAAAUAAAGUGAAUCCUCUUUAGAUACUUCAAUAAGAUCAUAUAGAUAUUAUGAAUAAAACAAACUAUCAUAAAAAUUUCUACAUGUAAACUUCUUAAAAUCAUGGGAGUUAAUAUAGCAGUAUUUAGCCAAAGAAUCAAAAAAAUAUCUAUAAAAACGAAGAUGGUUCAAAUUAAAAUAAAAAUACAACUAUUUCAAACACUCGAUAUAUAAAUAUAUACAAAAGUGUUAAUUCCAAAACAAUCAAUAAAAAAUCAAAUUUGAAUUAUUCAGCCAUCUAUGAGCACGACUCUACUUCAAAUAAGGAUAGCAGUUCAAUUCCUAAUAAAGAAGUGUAAUUAAAUUAAGAAGUCAAUAUGCACACCUUUGAAGCUAAAGAAUAAUUAGAUUAAUAAUUAUAAACCACCUCUAAUAAAACCAAAAGUCCCAGUAAAACAAAUCUUAGUGGGAAUAAUGAAUAAAAUGAUAUAUUAGAUCACUCUAACGACAGAUUAAGUUCAAGUCCAGAAAAGAAUAAUUCAGUAAAAGCUUCUCUGCCUAGUAACAGAGAAUUAUUAAGCAAGUCUCCUAAAAGAGAGAAACAUACAAUGUCACAAAAAAUAUCAUAAAAUAAACUUGAUCUUUCAAUGUACUAGCCUAAAAACUAAAAGAAAAUUAGCUUAGACAACAAUAAUAGUGCAUUUCUAAUUGCUACUGAAGCAGAUAGCCAUGUUGCAAAAAAUAAUAGAAAUAAAUUUAAUCACUUUGGCGAAAUUAUGCUAAAUAGAGAUGAACUAUACACGAGACAAAGAAAAACAAUAUAAAGUUAGUAAAAAUAAACUAGAUCAAAGUCGUUUGUAACUUCUAAUAAGCAAGAAACAAAUAGCCCUUAUUAAAGAAAUAUUAAUAACAAUAACUAUUUAACAAAUAAUAAAUUUUGA